AUGGCCGACGAUUUCGACAUCGAUAUCUAUGGGGACCUCAAUCCCGAUGAACCCACUACAGCGUUCAAGAAGGAGGAUGAUGAGUUACUACUCGAUGAUCCUGGUAACCAGGGCGAUUCAACCGAAGUUAAAACUGAGCCUACUGGUGAGGAUACGAACAUGGGCUCUGCCGCUGGUGAUGGUGAUAACUCCGGUAAUUCAAAUAACGUGAAAGAAGAGGAGAGUACCCAGCAGAAGCAAAAAAGAAAGGUCCCAGACGACAGGCCAUAUGACCCAACGGCAACCAGCGCCUUGUAUAUCGCUGACUUGCAUUGGUGGACUACUGAUGAUGACAUUCGUGGUUGGGUUAACCAGUGUGGCUGUGAGGAGGAACUCAAAGACAUUACUUUUAGCGAGCACAAAGUGAAUGGAAAAUCUAAGGGGGUCGCCUUCGUCGAAUUUACCUCACCCCAAGCAGCGGCCGCCGUCAAGCUCAAAAUCGAGGCUGGUGGGAAUCAACCAGCUUACAUGGGCAAGCGUCAUACUGUCUCAUAUACAAAUCCUGCUGUUAAUCCAUUCCGCACUCUUCCCAAAGAUGCUCCUCAGCGUGACAGGCCUCGUGAUGGGUUCCAGGGUGGUAGAGGAGGAAGUGGCAGCAGCGGCGCCGGUAAUGACCGUUCAGGACAUUCUGCCCCUCCGAACAUGCCCCCCGUAAGUAUGAAUACAGGUGGAGGUAUGAACGCAGGAGGAGGUGGAAACUUUAGAGGUGGUAACCGUGGAGGAUUUGGAGGUGCCCGUGGAAACAUGGGAGGUGGAGGAUUUAUGGGUAAUCGCGGCGGCGGUGGUUUCGGUGGACCCGUUGGAGCUCCGCAAGGCUCCCCGCAGCAAGGGUUCCAAGCCCCGAUGACCGGCUUUGGCGCACAGGGAAUGCCUAUGCAGCAAUUUGGCGGCGGAAAUUUUCAGGGUGGGGGCAAUUUCCCUCCUCGUGGCGGUAUGAACCAGAUGAGAGGUGCAGGUGGUAUGCGUGGUGGUAGGGGUAUGGGACCCAACGGUAUGAUGGCAGGAGGAAUGCCAGGUAUGGGCGGUAACAUGGGCGGCGGUAUGGGAAUGGGAAACAACAUGGGUGGGAUGGGUGGAGCCAUGGGUGGCCAGAUGGGCGGCGGCGACAUGGGCGCGAUGUUCAAUCCAAUGGGAAUGGGCGGUUUCAACCCUACCGGUAUGGCAGGACCUGGUGGCUUUCCAGCGCCUCAUUUCAACCCGGCGUUUUUCCCUGGAGGACCACAGGGUGGAAACCAAGGACAGUGGGAUUCCCACAAUCCUCACCCCAACAAGAGACCUCGAAAUGAGUAA